CUCAAGUGAUCUAUCUGACGUGCAGGGCGACUGAAUUUCCGCGGGAGUACGAUGGGGCGUGCCUGCAGAUGCGGCUGUCGUUUAGCCCCGCCGCGCACAUAUUCCUCUUCCUGGUGCAGUGGACGGACUGCAGCCUCGCUGGGGCUCUCGGAUUGAUGAGGAUCCUCAUAUACAAGGUCUACGUCGAUGGCACAACCACCAUGUCGACCCAUGAGAGGAAAGCCAGCAUCAAGGAAUUCUAUGCUGUAAUAUUUCCUUCUUUGCUGCAACUGCAAAGAGGGAUCACUGAUAUGGAGGACAAGAAGCAGAAGGCCGUGUGUAUGGAGAGGUACAGAAGGAGAGAUGAAGACGAAACAAGCAGCUUAUCUGAUGUUGAUGCUGAGAGGGAGGAGGAAUGUGGGAUCUGCAUGGAGAUGAACAGCAAAGUUGUGUUGCCCAACUGCACACAUGCGAUGUGUCUCAGAUGCUAUCAGGACUGGAACUCGAGGUCACAGUCCUGCCCAUUCUGCCGCGACAACUUGAAGAAGACUGACCCUGGUGACUUGUGGAUUUACGUCGAGGACGACGACGUGGUCGACAUGGAGACAGUAUCAAGAGAGAACCUCAGACGGCUGUUCAUGUACAUAAACAAGCUCCCUCUGAUCGUGCCUGAUGUCAUCUUCAGUGUCUACGAUUCCCACAUAAAAUGAAUGGUGCGGCACUCCCCUUAUCAAGGUCCUCAGCCAAGUGCCCAGCUCCUUUUAAUCUAUUUGGGAAGCUCCCCCAAGCUCUCUGGUUUCCAUGCCUGUACCCAAGCCCUUCGAAGUGCCUGAACUGUCGCAUUUGUAGUCGCAAACCUUUUGUUUGUGCUUUAGAUCUUAUUUAGUGCGUACCUGCAUGCUUAAGCUAAGCAUAUCCAGCCAGUUUGUAUAUAUCUCACAUGGCUCUGUUAAUAGAGAACUGUAGCUGGCCCCAAAUGGAGGCGGUGCUGUUUAAUAUCCUCCCAUGUUUCCCCCCUUUGUAUAACUGUCUUCAGGUUUGAGCACUGAAGCUGGUACUUGUUUCUUAAGAUUAUUCUUCGCAGUUUGCAUCU